AUGUUUUGCUCACUACAUAAAUUCAGCUUCAUAUCCACACCUCCAAAUACCGAAACAUGUUUAGAUUACUCAGUUCAAUCAACCAAAAGAGCCACAAGUUUGGAAUCCUUGCCUGACGAAGUUUUAGCUCGGAUCAUAGAUCACUUGAAUCAACUUGACGUGUUAGACUUGUGCCUAGUAAAUUCAAGAAUUCACAAACUAUGCAUGAAUAAACUAUUCAGGGUAGCUCUUAUUAAGCACCCGGUACAACGGACCUUCACUGUUCAUCGAAAAUUGAAUUCACCUAAUUAUUCUCAAUUCACAAUUGUAAAUCUUGAAAAGUGUCCCUGCAAGAAGAAAUUUCAAAGAUUAAUCUAUUAUCCAGCGCCAAAUCAAGAUUAUUGUUUUCUGGUUAAAUACGGUUAUUAUACUAAAAUUGAUCAUCUUUGGGUCCCCAAGAAAGCCAAGAAGGUAAUCAAUCAAAGAUCAAGUCGAAUACUAAUAAUAUCUAUGAGUAAUCCAUCAACUAGAGAGGGUCAAGAUUAUUUCUAUAAAGUAAAAAGUUUGGCAAGUACUCUUGGUUUGUUUAAAAAAAUGCAUUUGGCUGUAAAAGAUGCUCUGGUCGAAACAAUUAAAAAAUUCCAAGGGAUAUUUGUUGGAGUCAAUUGCUUGUCGAUGAGUAUGCUCUCCAGUCCCGGAUACAUUGAUAAUUGUGAAUCAUCUUUGUCCCUAUUCCGAUGUGAAAAUAUUACAGAAUUUGAAAUUGAAAGCAUUUGUCCUAGCCACGAGGACAAUUUCUUCUACAGAAUGAUAAAGUCUAUGCCAAACAUAAAGAUACUUAUUAUACGAAUCUGGGUUAGACCUACAUCUCUACAUAAAACUAUGGAAUUAUUAUCUAACUAUCGUAUUCAAAAGUUUUGCUUAGAUAUUCGAGAAACGUUCGCACAUAUAAAUGUUCGUCAAAACUGUGAUAUUGUCAAGGCUUUGCUUAAAAGUUGUGGUUCCACUCUAGAACUUGUAAGGGUCAACUAUUCUGGGAGUUUCACACGUAUAAAAUUAUUAAAGAUCGACUUGUUUUUCAGUAAUGACUACGAUAUAUGUGAAGAGCUUAACGAAGAGGUUAGGAGCUUAGUAAGUUGGGUCAAAGAGACUAUUACUAACUAUCCAAGAUUGAAGUAUUUCAUAUUCUACAAUUAUCAAUUUAUAAUAGACAGGAAAGUAGAACCAUAUAGGUGGAUUGAAAUAAACAACAAAGAGUUGUGA